GUUUCGACUGUGGACCUAUGGUGAUUAGUAACGAGCUCCCUGUACCGAAUUAUGCUGUAUGCGCGUCUGACCCGCUAACGGAGGUGAUAUGUAGAAGAUACGUUGCCAUAAACACCGACGUAAUUCUAAGUAUAAAAUACCGUUUACUUUAUGCCAUCACAUUUAUACAUCCAAACACGGAUUACUGAACGUAUCGAAGGCAAAAGAAGGAAAUUUCAUGGACGCAGAGGUUGGUCAGCUUCUGUAUAGAAAAAAUGCAGGAUUAGAAAUCAGGUCGAAACCUUGUCGUUAAGGGAAGUAAUUCUCUUCGAAGACAGUCUGGCUUAUCAUGAGACAUCCUAAAUGGUAUUUCAAGGUAAUAUUGACAACUGACUAAGUGCACGGGAAAUAAUAUGGCGUCUGGCGGUUUUCUGAAGCAAAUACUGGAUGACGACGCACUGAACAACCCUAAAACACCCCAGUUCUCAUCUUCGAAACCGGUGCCCCGAAAUGAAACGCAUUCUCCUAUUCUUAUGCCCAAAUCCCAGGAGCUUGCUCUUGCUACACCGCGGAGAGGGAGUCCCAACCAGAGUUAUUUUAAACUGAAAGAAAAAGACCCAACAAAAGACCAGAAAGUCGAAUUUAAAAACGGCCAGUUAAUAAUCUAUGCGAAAUCACCACCACCUCCUAGAGCGCCGAUCCCAGCCUUGGAUAUUGAAGUUCCCAGCGUUUUCGGUGUUCCCGCCAAUAAAAGACAUUCGAUCGCGGGGAAACCAAAACAAAAGGAGGGCUACAAACCAGGAAUGCAGACACUGAAAAUGAUUUGCUAUAACGAAAAAGAAAUGGAACAAUACGAUCAGCAAAAGACCAAGCGGACUAUGCCCGUAAUGCUGUAUAGGGAUCGCAACAGGAGGCUACUGGAAGCAGAGCAGGAGCGCUUAAAAAAGAAAUGCAUACACGACAAAAGGUUUAAACUGUUGCAACUUUCUCUAGUGUCGCUGAACCCGGACGAUGAAAAACCGUCUAAGUUUUCCAAAGUUGCUAAGAAAGUCAUGGUGUUUAAGCAUUUAUACUCGCCGUUUUGAUUUACAUCAAUAUUGCUUUUGGAACCGGGAACAUAUCCCAGAAAGGGGGAUGUCACUAGUCUUUCCUAUUUAUAAGUUGACAGCAUAUAAAGUGGUACUGUCAUUGUUUGACCGUUGGAGGUUUUCGGGGCAUGGGAUGCCCUUGGACCUAUACGGAGCCUUGGCGUGUAGGCAGAAUCAUUUGGAGCCAAUAUUCCCAAAUUGAAACUCUGUACUAUGUGAACACGACGAGUCUUUUGAAACGUACAUACUUUGACACCAUAUUAUAUAUAGAUAGAUAUCGUUUCAUACAAACACGACAGCGUAACCCUCGCAGUUAAGGAACAGGAAGAGUGUCCCAAAAGGGAAGUAACUUGUAGCACUAUUUUCCACCUGUACGUUACUUUAUCGUGAUACGGAACAUAAAUCGUUCCUCAUUUCUACAAGUAUAACAAAGAUACUAAGAACAAUAUUUACUUGACGUUUCACCAUGGAUAACAUUACUUUAAGGAGUGUUUAGGUUAAUUUUUGAUAGGGAGACACGUAUGAAUUUAAUUUGCACUAUCAACAGUUAAGUGUCAUUUUAUAAUUUUUAAUUGCAAAAAAGUAAUAAAAAAUGCGCUAUUGUUUUCA